AUGGCAAAUUUGAACUGGAGUUAUCAAGGCAACAAUGAACCUGACCACUGGCACAAGCUAUACCCUAUAGCCAAUGGAGACCAUCAAUCUCCUAUAGAUACUAAAACCAAGGAAGUAAAAGAUGCCUCUCUAGGGCAUCUCCAGAUCACCUGGAAGCCUUCCACAUGCAAAGAGAUUGUCAACAUUGGACAUUCUUUCCACGUGAAUUUUGAGAAUAAGGAUCAGGUUAUGCUGGCUGGUGGACCCCUCGCUGGAAAUUACAAAUUGUGCCAGUUUCACUUCCACUGGGGGCAAACUGAUGAACAAGGCUCGGAGUCCACUGUGAACGGGCAGCAAUAUGCCUCAGAGCUUCAUCUCAUUCACUGGAACUCAGACAAAUAUUCCAGCAGAGCAGAGGCUUUCAACAAGCCAGAUGGUUUGGCAGUUGUCACUGUUUUCCUGAAGCUUGGUUCAGGCAAUGAAAACCUGAAGGAUGUUUUGAAGGCCUUGGAUUCAGUGAAGACAGGUAAGCAUGCUCCAUUUUCUAACUUUGAUCCUACAAGCCUGUUGGCUAAAUCCUUGGAUUACUGGACCUACAAUGGCUCUCUGACUCAUCCUCCCCUCCAUGAGAGUGUUAACAGGAUUAUCCUCAAGGAGCCCAUUACUAUCAGCUCAGAGCAGAUAUGGUCUCUGAAGCAAGCAAAAGAUAACAUCGUAAACACCGUAAAAUCAACAAACUGA